AGCGGCAAGAAAUCAAAAAUUUGAAACGCCCAACGGGUACUUUCUUUCUCCCUCAAUUAUAGUUUCACAGAAUAAACAAACGGCAAACCACGACAAAAUUAAUCGUUUCUCCCUUCAAUUUUCAUCUGGAUUUCACUUUCUUCCGAAAAAUUUCAAGCUUCCAGAACCCUAAUUUACAUGGCUUCGUGUACCAAGGACAAUUUGGAGCUCAGAAGAGCUGCCAAGGGUUUCAACGAGGGACGGAAGGUGCGGGUGGUCGCAAAGAUCAGAAGCUCAGAUGGAGGAACUACCACGUCGUGGAUCUCUGUGAACAAGCCUGAUGGAGAUGCUUCCCAGUCUGUAACCAUCUCAUUUGGAGAUCAACCAGGGACAGGGAGUCGUAAGGAGUCUUACGAAUUAGAUUAUUGCUAUGAGCAAAAUGAAGACACUGAAAAAAUAUUUGCAAGAGAAGUAAAAUCUCUGAUUCCUGGAGUCUUCGAUGGCCAUAAUGCUACAGUUAUUGCAUAUGGUGCAAGAGGCAGUGCAAAAACUUCAAUGAUUCAGGGCACUAUAGAGAAACCAGGUCUAGCAUCAUUAUCCAUAAAUGAGUUUCUUUUGAUGGCCUUAGAAAAAGGGAAAUCAAUUUCCAUAUCGUACUAUGAAGUUUAUGUGGAUCAUGUGUGUGAUUUACUGGAUCCAAAACGACCAACAGUUUUAGUAUUGGAUGAUGGUCAAGGCAAAAUACAACUUAAGGGACUUUCGCAGAUUCCAGUGAAAUCUCUGUCAGACUUCUAUGGACUAUAUUUCGUUGGUUCUAGUUCGCGUAAACAAGCGCAAAAAAUUGCAAAUGAACCCCCCCACAGAAGCCACAGGGGCUUGAUAGUGCAUAUAUCAUCUCCAGAUGAGACUACUACGGAUUCUCGUUUUGCUGCCAAGAUGAAUUUUGUUGACAUGGCUGGUUACGAAGAUACAAGAAGGAAAAGUUGUGAUGGCACCAGCCUCGUCGAAAAUAGUAAAAUCAACAAGUCUAUAUAUGCCUUACUGAAUGUUGCUUCUGCUUUGAAUGCUAAUGAUAGCCAUGUGCCAUAUCGAGAAAGUAAGCUUACACGCAUUCUGCAAGACUCCUUGGGAGGAGCACGAAGUCGAAUUUUGAUGAUUACUUGCUUGAAUGCAACAUUUUGCCAAGACUCCAUCUACAUGGCUAAUUUGGCGGCUAGGUCUUGUCAAGUAACCAAGCGGGUUGCUCCAGAUGCCAAUAGAAAAAAUAGAAGUUUGGCAAAUACUGUGAUUCGUUCAUCAUCGCUUAGAAACCAGAUCCCAAGGACUCUUAUUGCAACUAUAAAGAAGCAGCCUGUCUCCCGGUUCUCCUUUUCUGAAAAGAAGGCAAGUAGUACAGCCUCAUCUGCAAUGAAAGGAAGGAAGUUGUUUGACGAUGAUACAAGUCAUUUGGGAAAACUAGACAAGGAAAUUCAAUUGUCAAGUGCAUCUCAUAGACGUGUACCUCUGAAGCAUGGAGAAUCUUCUUCUGCUGUGGGCCAGGAAAAUUCUUUACCAUGUUCUCCUCUAAAGCCUGAAGAAUCUACUUCUGCAUUAGAAAAGGAAUUGUUAGCUGUAGAAAUUUCCAAUGCAUUAGAAACUACCACAGUGCCAGAGGAUUCUAAAAGAAUCGAUGACAAUAUGAAAGCAUUAUCCGCCGCAGGAGAUGGUCCAAACAUUUAUGACCUUCCAGUGGAAAGCACACCUGGGGUGACAAAUAACACGAGCGUGUCUGUUGUUAAAAGCUCAGAUUUGGAUAAGGAAAACAAUAGCUAUAUGAUCAAUGAAGAUAAAUCUCCUCCAAUAAGUGCACGAUUACGAGAAUUAUCCAACACUUUGAGAUUGAUUAGUUCUUCCGCACCUAUGUGCUUAAAGAUCCCUGACAGUGAUGCUGCUCCCCGUAGCUUAGUCUCUACUGAUGUUAUGGAAGCACAGACUCCAACCAUAGAAUGGAGUAGAGAUUAUGAUGAACACGAUGUUGCUGAUCCAACUACUCCUUGGGAAACGCUCAGCAAGCGCAGUACGGGUGUGAAGAAUUCACUUGUGGAUGACUAUCUAAGGUUUCUGAACACAGCUAGCAAGGAAGAACUGAAAAGAUUGAAAGGAAUUGGAGAGAAGAGAGCUACUUCAAUUAUUGAACUACGUGAAGAGUCUCCCGAGCCAUUCAAGAGUCUUGAUGAUCUAACGGAGAUAGGAUUAUCAGCAAAGCAGAUAAAGGGAUUGAUAAAAAAAGAAAUGGGCGCUCGAUUAUUCAACUAGGUGAAAUGGAACUAUACAUAAAAUUUAGUUGCCUUUCAAAUUCUCUGAAACAGUGAAACAGGUGCCUGCUGUUGGUGAAUGUAUAAUCUGGGGUGUGUAUAUAAAGAUUCUUCUAUACAGAACUCUUUUUCCUUCAUCUUUUUUCCAUAGCAUGUACAUCAUCUCUCCAAAUUUAUAUUUAUAACCAAAGAUUUUAAUGUUAAUUGAUGGGAAAUGUUUGAUGCUGUCAAAUUUGUGAAGAAAAUAUUGAUGUCA